GCACCGUCCACUUCGGGUGACGAUAGCGCCCACCGCCUUCAUGGCCACGGCCUUGAUCCUCCUCCUUCUUCUCCUUCCGGAUGAGGCGGAGGCCAAAUUGUCCCCCAAAUACUACCAGAACACGUGCCCCAAGGUGCAGCAGAUUGUGUCGGACGUGGUGACCAACAAGCAGAUCACCACUCCCACAACCGCCGCCGGCACCCUCCGUCUCUUCUUCCACGACUGCUUUGUCGGCGGAUGCGACGCCUCCGUCCUCGUCUCCACCAACGCCUUCAACCGCGCGGAGCGCGACGCGGACGAGAACGUCUCCCUCCCCGGCGAUGGCUUCGAUGCUGUCAUCCGCGCUAAGACCGCUCUCGAGUUGGAGUGCCCCGGCGUCGUCUCCUGCUCCGACGUCCUGGCGCUCGCCACCCGCGACCUUGUCUCCAUGCUCGGCGGCCCCUUUUACCGAGUCCGCCUCGGUCGCAAGGACGCGCUAGCCUCCACCGCCGCCUCUGUCGCCGGAAAUCUCCCGCACACUAACAUGACUGUCGACCUGCUCAUUGCCAACUUCGCCCAAAAAGGCUUCUCCGUACAAGAGCUGGUAGCGCUCUCCGGCGCCCACACCGUGGGCUUCUCCCACUGUUCCGAGUUCGCGACGCGGAUCUACGGGUACGGCGGGGGCGGCCAAGCGGGGCACGACCCAUCGAUGAAUCCUCACUUCGCGGCGGCGCUGCAGAAGGCAUGCGCCAACUACCGCAACGACCCGACAAUCGCAGCCUUCAACGACGUCAUGACGCCGGGAAAGUUCGACAACAUGUACUACCAGAACCUGCUCCGUGGGCUGGGGCUGCUCGCUUCCGACUACGCCCUGGCGGCCGACCCGCGUACUCAACCCUACGUGCAGCUCUACGCCGCCAACCAGACAGCCUUCUUCUCUGACUUCGCCCACGCCAUGGAGAAGCUCAGCGUGUUCGGGGUGAAGGCCGGCCACAAGGGAGAGGUCCGCCGGCGAUGCGACGAGUUCAACAACCUUUCCAUUUAAUCACUUGAUUCCCGAGAGGGAUCUUCGCUGGUUUUAUGUGGAUUGUUGUGGCCGUUGAUCGCGAUUGGCAUCUCGAUCAUUGUCACUGAGUUGGAUCAAGAGAGGGAUCUUCAUUUCAUAGAGCCGGUUUACUUUAUGUCGAUUUAAAUCAAUUGUUCGUGUUUUUUUUGUCUGU